AUGACUGAUAAUCAAAUUUUUAAAGAAUUUGAAAAUUAUGAUUUUGAAAAUGACGCUACUUUUCAGUCAGGUUUACCUUCAAUUCUUAAUUCAUAUCAAGGCAAGCCAAAAGAAGAAAUAAAUAUUCUCCAAGAAAAGGCUAAGUGGUUUUAUUAUUCAAAAGUUAUUCAAGAAUUUGAUUACAAUGAUUAUUUAGUGUGGAAAACGAAUAUAAACAAAUCCCAUCUUGAAGGUAACCAAAGUAAUAUUUCGUCAUCUUCUGUCAUGUUACCAACCGAUUCCCAAGAGAGUUCAACAAAGGAUGAUAACAUAAGUGCGCGACCUGAGCAAGCUACAACGGACAACGUGCAAUAUCCGCAAUCAUUCCAAAAAGUGGUUGAAAUGUUAGCUACGGGACAACAGAUACCAGGAAUCAAGCAAAUUCCUAAUGAGUUAAACAAGGGAACCCCAUCGAAUCCCACUAUCAAACCACGUCCAAAACCAUGGGAGAAAAAUCAUAUGAAUAAUGAGUCUAAAUAA